AUGUGCGAGGUGACCCCUGAAGCCAGGAGGCUGGAACACGUCAUGUGCUUGGAGUCGGAGGAACGGAGUACACCGGUGACUCAUACCAGGACAGUCAUCAUACACCAAUUCAUUGGCCACCAUGACUGGUUCAGGGAUGGUCCUGUGACUCAACUGCAUGAAGCAGCGGCGCCGCCUUCCUGCUGGAAUCGCCUGGGCUCUCGGCCUCCCCGCAAGCAAGGGGUCCGUCCUCCUUCGUCAGCUCUUCGCUUCUCCCACGGGGCCCUCGGCCACGCGCAGCGGCGUUCCCCGCGGCCACUCCGGUCACCUGCGCCGCCGCCCUGGGCGCUGGGGUCCUCUGCUGCCGCCCCGGAGCGGUCGCCGAGGGCGCAGGGCACGCGCGGGUGGCGGCGGUCUCCUCCCUCCCUCCUCCCCACCCCACGCGCUCCCCCGGCCCCUCCUCCCCACACUCCGCUGCCCUCGGCUCUCCGGAGAGUUGCCCGGCACCUUGGGCGAGAGUUCGUAGCCGCCCCGCCGCAGAGCCCACGGCCCGCCGAGCACGAGCGACGCAGGUGUCCGAGCCCCGGCGCCGCCGCCGCCAUCUCUGCCUUCCGCCUGUGUUGGACCCCGGCACCGAGGUGGGACCCGCUUCUCUCUCCUCCACCCCCUACUGCCACCUUUCCCGCUCUCGGCAGCUGGAGGAGCGGGGCGCUGGGGCGCGUGCGGCCGGCGCGGAGCUCGCGGGCCACGGCGGACUGGGAGUCCGGGGACGACCCGGCGGCGCCACCGGAGGGGCCAGCGCUCGCUCGGGGGUGGCGGGAGGGGCGGCGGGGACUCUCGGUCCCACGGGCCGGGGAUCAGGAGGCUGCCGAGGCGAGGAGGGUAGGGGCGCGCGUCUGAGGGCAGCUGGCCGCACCCGGGCGCGCACCUGCCGGGUGCCACCGACGCGACGUGCUCCCCCCCGCCCCGCCCCCAGCCAACUUCUUUUUCAGGUCUCCUUCCUAUUUUGGAGCUGAAGGGACUGCGACGUAAACCAAUGUGCCAAACUGCAUUCCAAAGCAGCUUUCAUCGCUUUACAUUCCCCCAGCAGUGUGACCCUUAAAUCUACAUUGCCAACAUGCCAAGCUUAAAGAGAUGUGAUUAAUGCCAGUACAUCAUUUUCAAGUAAAUUUUAGUAAGUAUUCAUAAGAAAUAUUAGACACAGCAGUGCUGGAUAUGUAGUGAAAAUUACUGUCAAAUUUAAGUGCCACGUACUUGGGAAUUUAAAAUCUUUUUCAGAAUUGCGAACACUUAAUAUGUUUAAGGGAAACUAUGAGAAACUUUUGUGAUAUUGAUUCUCACUGAAUCAAAGUCAGCAAAUCACGUAUUCUAUAAAAUUAGUAGGGUAGGUUUUUCCCACUUACACAAUUUUAUGGUACCAAAUAAAUUCUCCCCAAAAGUGAAUACACUCCACAUUAAGUUAGUGCGGAGAGUGUGUGCCUGGCCAAUGUAGUCUUUCAGUGAUCUGCUCAGCUGGGCGAGAGCUGUGGCCCUGCCAAGUGCAGCGUGAAGACUUGCUGAGGAGAGCACAGAGCUGUGGGGAGCCACUGCCUGGGGAACAGGUGGCUGAUCUCGAAGAGAGUUGUGUAUUGGAAUCACAUGAGAGUACUGUGAACUAGCAAAAGAAAAUGACCUAACUAGAGACGCUCUUAAGGGGCAUUGUGAUAUUAAUUUUAAAAGUCUUUGCCAAUUAGUGGGAAAAAAAAUCCAGAAACAAUACAGAUGUACAAAUGUGUAUACAUAUGGGUAAAAUAGUGAAUGAGAAAGAGAAAGAGAAGAAGUUGGGGGCAGAGAGAGAGGCUUUACUCCUAGGCCAAUAGUUUCUGUAAGGUUUAUGGGAACAUAUUCAUGUUUUAUCUAUUUGUACCAGAGAAUAGCUAAAGAUCUGAAACAAACAGAUUCUCAGGAGCUUCUAUAAUGGUAUUAUAAUGGGCUUUAAAAGUGUGAACUCAUGUUUAAGAACAGCUGCUACCAAAUAUUUGUUUUGUGAAGGCAUAGGACAACUUAGUUUUUCUGAGAAUCAGAUUUUCUCAUUUUACUUUGUCCAGCAGCUGUUAUUUGGGUGUCUAACCCUAUGAAAACUGAGAAACUGUGAACAUGAGACAGUUGAACAAUUAGAUUUCUGUAUGCAUCAACAAAAUUUAUGAACCAAGCAGGUCAGUGUUUAGGAGCUAAAAGAGAAAAUAAAUUAUAAACAGACAUAGAUAAGCACAUACACUCUAUCAACAGAGAAAACAUACUGACACAUAUGUAAUAAGCACCCAAUAAUUGUAGUUGCUGUCGUGUUAUUAAGAUGUUAUCUCUUAGAAUCAUGACAUACUUAUCAUAUUAGACCUACCCAGGAGGUAGCUGGCUAUUUCUCUAGUGACCUGGGUGCCUUGUGGUAACACUGCUAGUCACAGGUUUGAUUUGAGGGAGAGAAAGUUUUUGCAUAGAACAAACAGGAUGUAAAAAAUGUUCUUUCUAUAAAAAGCAAUCUUCUGGGCAAGUGGUUUCUUGGUCUUUUGAUUCCAAAUUUGCAAGUCAGUUCUCACACAGGAGUUCUUAUUGUCUUUUAUUGAUAUUCUUUGGCCAGUCUUUGUUUUUACUGACUAUAGGUUCUGUGGGAAUCUCUUUUAUAAUACUGAAAAUAUGCUUUCUCUGCCUUCCCAUUCUUCAAGGGGGCAGUUAACUUGUUAUUCUUUUAUGGUAUCUCUUAUGAUUUCCCCAAACUAGACAUAUCUCUCUGAUUUCUCCUAAUUACCCUCUUUCUAGGUAGUUGUAAUUCUUUAAAUCUAGACAUCGUGGAUUUUUAAGAUGUGCUACCAUUUUUAUUCCUCCAAGAAAGAAAAGGCUCUGCCUAUUUAACUGAUGUACAAUGCUUUCUCAUCCUUUAGAAUUUUUUUUUAAAGAUUUUAUUUAUUUAUUUGACAGAGAUAGAGACAGCCAGAGAGAGAGGGAACACAAGCAGAGGGAGUUGGGAGAGGAAGAAGCAGGCUCAUAGCAGAGGAGCCUGAUGUGGGGCUUGAUCCCACAACGCUGGGAUCACACCCUGAGCCGAAGGCAGACGCUUAACCGCUGUGCCACCCAGGCGCCCCCAUCCUUUAGAAUUUUUGUCUUAUAUCUCCUGGAAGAGCUCUUUUAGACUUAAUUAAAUAAAGAUUUUUGUUUAAAUCUUAUUGCUCUCAUAAGGAAAAUAUAAAUCAAAGAAAUUGGUUAAGGAAUUCUUUUCAUAUUCAGAAUCAGUGUUUUUUAAUUGCUUUUCAGCUCAGUGCUGUUGAUGUCAAUAUUUUUCCAAACACUAGCAUGUUCUGGGUUAUCAAGAAUACUUGUGAUACCGCACUCCAUAAAAGAAUGCUUCACUGUUGUUUCUAAGAUUUUCUACCGGUGUGGUACAUUUUGCUGGCACUUUAUAUGAUCUUCCCAUAAGAUGUCAACAUAAGGUUUUCAGACAACACUCAGGGCUCCUUUUCCUUCCUCAAAUGGUCUUUAAAUAGUUUGUCGACCGAAGUAUUGAUGGGUUAAAAUUGUCCAGUCUGUCAUGAGGGAAGCGCCCCAGUUCGUCUGUAUGCAAUCAAUGACAACUCGAUCACAGCUGCUACUAGGCUAUCGGUAAUUGUGAGAUCACAUCGAUUUUAACAAAGAUCUUGAUGUCAGAGGUGUUAAUGUAUUGUGAACCUUAAAAUAGAAGAAAUACAACACUACUCUCGUAUUCCUUAGAGUUCAACUAAAAAUUGACAUCUGGGAACCUUUCCUUGGCCCCUAGGACUUUGUUAGUAGCUAUUUUCUCUGAAAUCUCAUAACCCUCUAUUUAGUUAAAAGGACCCAAUAAUCAUUUUACAUGAAAAUAAUCCACACACAUGGUUAACCUACUGCUAUCAAAAAACUCUUGUUCCCUGCCCCACUACCCUCACCGUGCCAGUGCUGACCUUGGGAACAACUAACUUGAACCAUUUCUGGUUUUGGUUUUUAGACCCGUGGCUUCCCCUGAAAGGCUGGAUAAUAUGCCUAUACUGACUUCUUUUCUUUUCAUUUAUCAGCCAUAAACAGAUACUGUAGUAGAACAGAAUUUAGUUUACUAGUUUUGCUUUCUUUCUUUCUCUGUUCCUGCAUAUAAUUAUAUUAAUUUUCUGAGCUUUUUAAGUGGUUAUGUUUGUAAUUCCCUCCACUAUUUCUGUUCCAUUCACUACAGACGUUCCUCUUGACUUCCUACAUUAUCAGGUUGGGAUAGUUCACUCUUUGCCUUCCCACUAUCUCUCCUUAUGUAAUCAUACCACCCAAGUUUUGAGAACUGUAUAGUGAGAGUAUUAUUAAUAUUUCACAUUCAGUAUUGUAAUUAAUUUAAUCUUUCAUUUUUGUCUAUUGGAUGAACCAAAAAGUUGAAAAACAAUAAAUAGCAUUAAUGUUAUUAUGACUUCCUAAAUAUCAUUCACUGCAGAAUCAAGAAAUGUCCCAGGAUUAUAUUUCAUUUAAUAUGACCCCUUAGCCACCCAAAGGAGAAUAUUCCUAGAAUCAAGGUUUAGGGGAUUCUUCCUUUUUUUAAAUGGAUUCUUUAAUUCCAGCACUUGGUCAGAAUUAUGGCAUAUAUGGAACACCUGGCUGGCUCAGUCCAUAGAGCAUGUGACCUUUGAUCUUGGAGUCGUGACUUCAAGCCCACGUUAGGUAUAGAGAUUACUUAAAAAAAGAAUGUGCCGUGUUUUAUUUUGGUCCAUAUUUAGAUCAGGACUUUCUGUAAAGGGUUUUCUAAUUAACUUUGUUUUUUCUUGUUGGGAGAAGGUAGGUGGGCCUUCUUAGUUACAUCUUUAAUGUUUUAGGAUUUUAUUCAUUCUCUUUAUUUUUUUGGAAUCCACUUCAUUCUUCUUUUUGACGACCAUGAACUCAUAUUCUUAUUUGGGCUAGCGGCCUCAAUUUUGAAAUAUGACUUCCUUUUUUCCCUUGUGCUAUUCUGUGGGUUCUGUUUUUGUUCUUUGUUUUUGUCAAAUUUUUGCAGCUUCAGAAUCAUAUUACACAUAUUACACAUUGAGUUCCUGCCUUCCUACUGGCCAUUUCCUUUCAGGGGUCGUCUGCUAUCUGGACUGGUCAUUCUCCUCAAGUCUGUGGAGCCAUCAACUGGGUUGUAUUCAUGCUCUCCUGAUCCUGAAUCCCGGAAUCCCUUGUUCUUGGUUUACUCCUCAUUUUGCUGAAAUACCUUGUAAAAUUCCUUCUGAGAAAGAUAUUCAUAGGAUAUAAAUUUUCUAAGUCAUUGUGCUAUUGAAAAUAUAUUUGCUUUGCUCUGAUACUUGCUUGACUGGCUAAUAGAAUUUUCUACUGUAGAUAAUUUUCCAUCAGGCAUCACUAGAUUUUCUUCUAGUUUUUUUGGUAUAAAACAUUUGUUUUACAGUAUUCAUUGUUUCAUUG